AUGGCUAAAUUUCUCGUCCUUAUCGUUCUUGUGGUAUGUGUGACUCUUGCUUCAUGCCAUCGUGGUCCAUCUCGCGGAUUUGGUGGUAAUCGUGGACCUGGUAAUGGAGGACAAGACAGGCAACGAAAUUGGAAUCGAACAAAUGGUAAUGGCGAUCAGGAUCGAUUGAUGAAAAAAGUAUGCGCUAAUAACUCAUUGGCUCAAUCAUAUCUUGCUCAAAAUCGACAGUUGAUCACCAGUCUUCGAUCCAAUGCAUCAUUGGCUCAAGCCAUUAAAAACCGACAAAAUUUUAUAGAUUUCAUUGAAGAUGACGACAAUACAGAUCUUCUCUCAUCAAACUGCACUGCAUUUUUCACCGGUCGCCGAAAUGCUAGAAAACUUGAUAGAGACACUUUGAAACAGCAACGCCGAUUAGACCAAUCAGUUGGCUGGUCAUUUUUUAAAAUUGACCGAUCAAUUGUCGGAAACAACAGUUCUUAA